UAUUCAUUGGUGCAGUGAGUUUGUCCCGCGAGUUUGACGGUGCCUCUGUGACGACGCACGUGUGUUGCAAAUCUGUUCAGGUUGCUCGUUUUUUGCGUACAAUAGGUAUAAAAAGUGCGAUGCCUUCUGACGCGAAGAAAAAGCAGCAACAGAAGAAGAAAGAAGCCGCGAAGGCCCGACAAUCCGGCAAGAAACCGCAGAACAACAAUCAGACUAAGGCAGCUGAGGAUGACAAAGAGCAGAGCCCGAUAUUGAGUGAUCUGCAAAAUGGUACGAAUGGAACAGCUAUCAGUGCUGAAGAGGCAUUAUGUUUGAAAUUGGAAGCAGACGCCAGACUGAAUGCAGAGGCACGUUCGUGCACCGGGUCAUUAGCUUCGCAUCCGCGUAGUCGAGACAUAAAGAUAUCGAACUUUUCUAUUACUUUCCAUGGCUGUGAAUUGCUACAGGACACCAUGUUGGAGUUGAAUUGUGGCAGGCGUUAUGGUUUACUAGGUCUAAACGGCUCUGGAAAGUCUACACUGUUGGCAGUAUUAGGCAACCGCGAAGUUCCUAUUCCGGAGCAAAUAGAUAUUUUUCAUUUGACUAGAGAAAUGCCCGCAAGCAAUAAGACAGCAUUAGAGUGUGUGAUGGAGGUUGACGAGGAACGGGUGCGACUGGAGAAACUCGCCGAAGAAUUAGUGGAUUGCGAAGAGGAAGAUGCUCAGGAACAACUCAUGGAUGUAUACGAGAGAUUAGAUGAUAUGGCUGCCGACACGGCGGAAGCUCGUGCCGCUCACAUUUUGCACGGUCUUGGUUUCACUGCAAAAAUGCAAAGAACACCUACCAAAGACUUCUCAGGAGGUUGGAGAAUGCGUAUCGCUCUCGCUAGAGCGUUGUAUGUAAAGCCACAUCUCUUGUUACUCGACGAGCCAACCAAUCAUCUCGAUCUAGAUGCUUGCGUAUGGUUGGAAGAAGAAUUAAAAACCUAUAAACGAAUUCUCGUUAUAAUCUCCCACUCUCAAGAUUUCCUCAAUGGCAUCUGCACCAAUAUCAUUCACGUCAACAAGAAGCAAUUGAAAUAUUACACCGGUAAUUACGAAGCGUUCGUGAAGACACGAAUGGAGUUACUUGAGAAUCAAGCGAAACAGUACAAUUGGGAACAAGACCAAAUCGCACACAUGAAGAACUAUAUUGCGCGAUUCGGUCACGGUUCAGCGAAACUGGCAAGACAGGCUCAGUCGAAGGAAAAGACCCUGGCGAAAAUGGUAGCGCAAGGUCUGACGGAGAAAGUCGUCAACGAUAAAGUGCUGAACUUCUAUUUCCCAUCAUGCGGAACGAUUCCGCCACCAGUUAUCAUGGUUCAAAAUGUCAGUUUCCGCUACAAUGAAGAUUCGCCUUGGAUCUACAAGAAUCUCGAAUUCGGGAUCGAUUUAGAUACUAGAAUCGCGCUGGUUGGACCGAACGGUGCAGGGAAGAGUACAUUGCUAAAGCUGUUAUAUGGUGAUUUAGUGCCGACAAGUGGGAUGAUUCGCAAGAAUAGUCAUCUCCGAAUAGGUAGAUAUCACCAGCACUUGCAUGAGUUGUUGGACUUGGAUGUGUCACCCCUUGACUACAUGAUGAAUGCUUUUCCCGAUGUCAAAGAGCGUGAAGAAAUGCGGAAGAUCAUUGGUCGUUAUGGUUUAACCGGACGUCAGCAGAUUUGCCCUAUUCGCCAAUUAUCUGACGGCCAACGUUGUCGGGUCGUGUUCGCCUGGUUGGCUUGGCAAGUGCCUCAUCUAUUGCUACUUGAUGAACCUACCAAUCAUUUGGACAUGGAAACGAUUGAUGCGCUUGCCGACGCCAUUAACGACUUCGACGGUGGCAUGGUUCUUGUCUCGCACGACUUCAGAUUAAUUAAUCAGGUUGCUGAGGAAAUUUGGGUGUGUGAAAACGGAACAGUUACAAAAUGGAGUGGAAACAUUUUGGAUUACAAGGAACACCUGAAAAACAAGGUUCUCUCUGACAACCAGAAAAGGCAAAAAGAUCUCGCGAACAGAGGCAAAUAAUGUGACCAGCGUUUCGAUCGUGAUUCGCUGCAUUUUCCUCUUUUUACUGCACCAUACGUCUCGAUUAUAGGAAUUUAUUCGGAAAAUCGCAUCAGGCUGAACACCGAAUGCACGCUGCUAUGUAGUGUGUUGGUGUAAUGGUCAGAUUGCUUAGUUAAUUUAUUGAAGUAUUAGAGGUUGAAAUUAUCCUCCAUCCUUCUAUCAAACCGCAGAUGAUCGUAUUGUGGCAUUUUUCGCUAAAUAUAAAUCUAGAGUCUCUCGAAAGAAUCAUGUCACACGAAAGUGCAGAUUAAAUUUAAGUAGAUCGUCGAGGAAGGCACGAGAAUUAAGCAGUUCAUGGACCAUUUAAAGAGAAAACUAGUAACAUUUAACAAGUAACGAUUCUUUUAUGGUCAACUUUAUUAUAAAUUUCUUCUUUUAGUCUAUAUAAUAAUUUGAUUUUCUCUUACAAGAAUAUAAAAUAUUAUUGUAACAUGUACAAACAUACGCAAGUACGAUCGAUUACAUAGUUCCAAAAUACAUUUUUACCUAUA